UGCACCACGUUCUAUCCCUACGUGGCCAUCAGCUUCUUCUUAGAACUGCUCGGAACGAUGAGUAUUCUGCCAUGUUUCAUCGUCGUAAUCAGGAGUAUUGCAGAAGUUGACAAGCCAGUUGCCAUUGGACUUUACAGCUUUUUAUACACUAUCCUGGGCUGGUUUCCUGCCCCUGUCCUGUACGGCCAAGUUGUGGACACCACGUGUCUGCUGUGGAGCUCCGGGUGCGCGGGUAGAGGCUCGUGCUCCCUGUACGACCUGCGCGCCUUCAGACAUCGAAUGUUUGGCACGUUCUUCACCACGCGCGUCGCAUAUCUCGUCUUCCUCGUCAUCGCCUUAGCCGUUGCGUCACGGAUGAAGAAACCUUUCUUUGCUCACUGCGAGGCCGAACCUGAAGUGUCCACGGUGCCGAAGGAUGAGAAAGUGGUGCUAACAAAGAACAUGACCACUGUUGAAGUCGUUAAUAAGAAAGAAAUUCUUUGCGAUUCCUUGACAAGCACAACACUAGUGUAAACAAAAACAAAAACCUUGUGACAUUAGUAGGUCAAAUGUCGUAGAACAUGUAGGUGUAGGUGUACCAACAAUCCGUCUUUUUGUAUAGAAAAGGAGAAAAAUAAUUAUACGACACAGACAAACACACACACACGCACGCACGCACGCACACACACGCAAAUGAUCACGUGCAUAUCAUCUCUCAUCGUUACCUAAAAACCUGAUGAUGUCAGUGUUUUUAAUGUAUUGGAUUUGAGAUCGCAUUUAAAUUAAAUUCCGCUUUUAAUAUGGUGCUUUGUAAAUUAAGCAUUUAUUUUUUCCUUUGUUUGUGUUUCCUUCUUAUACUGUGAGCCGAAUUUUGGAUUUAAACAAACGAAAAAAUCUUUGGUUACGACGGAAUGAGCUUCAAAGAUGUCAAUUAAAAUUUAUCUGUAUCCACCAAAUACAACAUCGGCGCCUGAUGGCUUAGAUUAAAAAACAAAACAAAACAAAAUUUCCUUUAAAAUAAAAAGAAGAAAUUCUUUUACAGUGAGAACUCUCAGGUAAUGAUUCUCUAUGAAGUGCCAGAAACACGGUGGAAACCUUUCAUAUGUGCGAAGACCAUGGACACAUACAUACAUCCAAUUUUAGCUGGGAAAAAAGCAAAGUUUAAAAACUGUUAUUUUUAAAGUGUAGAUGAAAGAGUAGCAGGUAUAUGUACAUAUCAUUGACCAGAAGAACACUGUUAUUUGUCGCUAGAAAAUAAAAAUAUGCAGACCAUCCCUGUGUUUUCUAAAUAGAUGCACACAAGACAACUAAGGAGUUGGCCUGAUGUUAAGACCAAGCCUGUAUACUGUGAACUUUAUUUAUUUCUUUCAGGCAGUUUUAUGGAAAGAGCAAAAUUAUGAUUAAAAAUAUAAAAUUGUAACUUGAA